AUGAAAGUGGUUGAAGAGGCUGAUAGGGAUUCAAAUAAAACACCAGAGAGCAAUGAAUGGGAAACCUCUGAAGCUCAAAAAAAGCUUUUUGCCUUGUUAGGUGGUCAAACUAAUCCAGCUAGUUCUGAUGUAAAUGUUAAUUGGCUAUUAGAUAGACUGGGAUCGACAAUGCCCAGUGCAGGAAAUAGCACAUCUGCCACUCCUGCCAACAUUCCAAGCAAUGAGGAAUGUGGCAUAAGAGACGUAUGGGCUCAUAAUUUAGAUGAAGAAUUUAAAACUAUUCGACAAAUUGUUCAAAAGUAUCACUGGAUAGCUAUGGACACAGAAUUUCCAGGAGUCGUGGCUCGUCCUAUUGGGGAAUUUCGAAGCACGGCAGAAUAUCAAUAUCAAUUAUUGAGAUGCAACGUGGAUCUAUUGAGAAUAAUUCAAUUGGGUUUGACUUUCCUGGAUGAAAAUGGGAAAACUCCAGGAGGCCAGUAUACGACGUGGCAAUUUAAUUUUAAAUUUAAUUUGUCGGAAGACAUGUACGCGCAAGAUUCGAUCGACCUUUUACAAAAUUCUGGUAUACAAUUUAAAAAACACGAGGAGGAAGGUAUCGAACCUUUGUAUUUUGCCGAAUUGUUGAUGACUUCCGGUAUCGUACUUAUGGAUAAUAUAAAAUGGUUGAGCUUUCACAGCGGAUACGAUUUUGGUUAUCUCAUUAAAUUACUCACGGAUUCGAAUCUUCCACAGGAUGAAACGGAUUUUUUCGAUUUAUUGAAAAUAUUUUUCCCGACCGUGUACGACGUUAAAUACUUGAUGAAAAGUUGUAAAUUUUUAAAAGGGGGUCUUCAAGAGGUUGCCGAUCAAUUGGAAUUGUUACGUAUCGGACCACAACAUCAAGCCGGAUCCGAUAGGGGGGAUGAUAACAUUGACGAUUCAAAGUACAGCGGUCAUCUUUACGGCCUUGGAAAUUCCUUUUUCGUAAAUGGUUCAGGUAUGAAUGUACCUCCUGGUGGUUUUCACGACAAUGGAGAAAAUAAUACGUCAUAA